GAGUCCGCCUGGUAAGGUAAGAUGGCGGAUGGUGCUAUUAGGUGCUAAGGAGACCGGACAGAAGAGGCAGGCGGGGGUAAUGCUGGAUAGCGGGCGGUGGCUGCCCAUGUUCUGCCUGGCCAGGCAUUGUCAUCCCCCAAGUACUGGACGCAAAUGAGAAUGGAAGACAUGUCUCUGUCUGGCCUGGAUAACAGUAAACUGGAGGCUCUUGCUCAUGACAUAUACACUGACCUGGUGGAGGACACGUGUCUCGGGCUGAGUUUUGAGGUUCACAGAGCUGUUAAGUGCGGAUACUUCUUACUGGACGAGACGGACCCUGAAAGUAUGAAGGAUUUUGAAAUCAUAGACCAGCCGGGUGUAGACAUCUUUGGCCAGGUCUAUAAUCAGUGGAAGAGCAAAGAGUGUGUGUGUCCCAACUGUAAUCGCAGUAUAGCAGCCUCACGCUUUGCCCCCCACCUCGAGAAAUGUUUAGGCAUGGGCCGGAACAGCAGCCGCAUUGCUAAUCGAAGGAUUGCAAGCAGCAACAAUAUGAAUAAGUCUGAGAGUGACCAGGAAGACAAUGACGAUGUCAAUGAUAAUGACUGGUCAUAUGGAGCAGAGAAGAAAGGUGCGUUUAGUCAAUCUGGAGCUAAGAAGAGAAAAUCAGAAAAGAAUCCAAACUCUCCGCGGCGAUCAAAAUCUAUAAAACACAAAAAUGGGGACCUCUCCGUAAACACAGACUCGUUUAAGCAGUACAGUAGCAGUUCAGGAAUUAGUUAUGAAAAUCUGGGUCCAGAGGAGUUACAUACCCUGCUAACUACGCAAUGUGGUGUAAUAUCCGAGCAUACCAAGAAGAUGUGUACCAGGUCUCUACGCUGCCCCCAACAUACUGAUGAUCAGCGGAGGUCAGUUCGGGUUUACCUCCUCGGAUCUUCAGCCUCUCUCCCGGAGCCUGAUGGCAGUACGGAUAAUGACAGUUUUGAUGUGGUGGAAGGACAGGCGUUGAUGGGUCGAUUGCCGUGGGAUGGCUCCUCUGAUAUCUCGCCAUCUGAUUCUGUCUCCUCCAAAGCGAGUACAAAUAACUCCGAUACACGGAAACCCAAAAAGAAAAAGCCAAGUCACAUCAACAUGAGUAGUGCAGGGGGAGCCAGCAAGAAGAAGAAACCCAAAGCCCCUGCACCAUUAACGCCAGGAAUGUACAGUGAACUCAACUGAGAGCAAGAGACGUUGUGUCAUGGAUCCUAUGGCUCUGAGCCUGUGUCUACAUGGGCUGUUACCUCUGCCUGCUUAGCCCACUGGCUGCAAAUGGUUAAUACCAGGCUCAUCCUCCUCUCCCUCCCUCCCUCCCGUGAUAAACCCUUUACUGUGAAAAAAACGAAACAUGUCCUAUAUCAAAGGAAGAAAAACGAUGCCUUCUAUGAGGCAACGUCCUCCUUCCCACCACUUGUGGUGUCUGCGUGCUGCCAUGUUCUGUAUGCUGCAUCUGUGCUGCCAGUGAUGUCAGAACUAUAAUGGGUGGAGUUUGUUGGGGGGGGGGGGGACCACAGAACGAACGGGAGGUUAUAAUGGAGUCCUUCGCUGAGACUAAAAGUGUUAGACCCCUGCUGCUGAAGUUGAAUGGAGAUUUGGGGUCUUUCAGCAGAUAACUGGACUGUGUAACACAACGGGACUCCAGUUUGCCCGUGCUAAAACUCUCAUCUCUGGAACAUUCUGGAAUGCGAGACCUAAAACUUGAAGAUUUUCACACAAAAAAAAAAUCAUGCAAGAAAAAAACGAAACAAACAAAAAAAAAAAAAACACGUGUGACCUCAUCACUUCUGAAAAAUAGAAGUGCUAUAGGUGUUUGGGUGCGGGCCCUGACACAUGCCCAUGGGGCGACCAAGUGUUUCUGCCCCCGGCGGGUGAAGGGUGGGAGGAUAUCUUGCACGUAUUAAAAAUUCACACUAAGUAUUUCCUUGCAAGCAGCUCUGCUUCAUUGUGUAUAUAGUGGGAGUAUCCGUCACAAGAGCGUCUGCGACGGGCAAGGGACUUCAGCAGCUUUCUUCCUUGGCAUGACAGGGUUCACACAGGAGAUUAGAUUGCACUUGUAUUCAGUGUUCUGGUGUCAUGGGCAAGAGGUGGCCAUUGUGCGGUCAUCGGGUAUAUGAAUGAGCAGACAGUGCUGAAACGGCAACCCCCAGCUUGACUUGACAAGUGCAGGCAAGCGGCUCAUCUGGAUGUGCAUAUUAAAUGGAAUCUCCGCUUUGGGCAGUCCCUACUACUAAGAGGGUGCCAUUAACAAGGAGCACUCAGCUGUAAUCGAUGGGGAAACCUGGCAGUUAGGCCUCAUGUACAUGACCGUAUGUGUUCUGCGGUUUGGCUGUGU